GCAGAUGACUCGAAUUGCACAUGUCGAACACACACACAUCCCUCGCUCAAACUUGAGCUUGUUGUAGUUGUGCCAGUAUAGCUUGGUCUUGGACCGUAAACUUGCGAAGAUGAAAAUUUUGACAUGGAAUAUUAAUGGGCUCCGAGCUUGCCGAAUUCCUCUCAAGGAAUUAUUCACCAAUCUAGACGCGGACAUUAUAUGUCUUCAAGAGACGAAGAUAACAAGAGAUCAACUAGACAAUGAUUUAGUUAAUGUGGAUGACUACAAUGCGUACUUCAGUUUCUCCAAGAAAAGAAGUGGAUAUUCAGGUGUGGCAACUUAUUGCAAAAAUAGCCAUACGCCUGUGAUUGUAGAAGAAGGGUUGACUGGCUUUCUCUCUCGUGGAUCCAACCAGAGUCUUAUUGGUUGCUAUGGAGACCAGUCUGAGUAUACUCCAGAAGAAUUGCAGUCUAUUGAUGCAGAAGGCAGGACCAUUAUCACUCAGCAUCGAUACAGGAAGAAAGAUGGUACGACCGGAGAUCUUGUCAUUAUCAACGUAUACUGCCCUCGCGCAGAUUAUGAUAACCCUGAGAGGAUCAGCUUUAAGAUGAGAUUCUAUGGUAUCUUGCAGCUCCGAGCUGAGGCCUUGCUGCAGUCUGGAAAGUCUGUUGUGAUCGUAGGUGAUGUGAAUGCUUCACACAGGCGUAUUGAUCACUGUGAUCCAAGUGGUCAUGGGGGUAAAUUUGAAUCUCAUCCCAGUAGGAGAUGGCUUGAUGGAUUCUUGAAAGAUUGUAGAUGCCCAGAGGAGGAAAAUACAUCACCAUCAUCUCCAUACCAAGAGUUAAAUGAUAAAGAGAGGCAAUCCCACAAUGACAGUAACAUUGAUAAUGAAGAUUUGCCAUCAAAAGAUAACCUCUUUGUAGACACUUUUCGCUACUUCCAUCCAACACGGGAGAAUGCAUUUACCUGUUGGUCCACUCUAACAGGGGCUCGACAGACAAACUAUGGGACUAGGAUUGAUUACAUUAUUGCUGAUGAGCGGUUGUGUAUUGAUGAGUUGACGGAGUGUGACAUUAUGCCUGACUUUGAAGGAUCUGACCACUGCCCCGUCAAGGCCACUCUACGAGGUGGCUGCUCCCCAGCGGAACAGCUGCAUCCAUUGUGUGCCAAGCUCAUGCCCGAGUUUGCAGGGAAGCAGCAGAAAUUGUCCAACUUCUUCCAGAAAGUGUCUCCUUCCAAGAAGUUUGAGAUCCAUGGGAAGGCUAUGUCUGGUGAGAAUCAACAGGGAGGUGGGUCCAGACUGAGUGUUGGUAAGCGAGAAGGGCGGUCUUUGAUGGGUAACACAAGUAAAAGGGCCAAAACUGAUGCCAAGGUGGCCAAGACAGGGAACAUUGCAAGUUUUUUCAAGAAAAAGGUAGAUGCAAAACUCCAAAGCCAGACUGACCUUGAAAUUCACAAGGUAUCUACCAGUCUGGAUGAUACCAGCUCACUGCCAAACAGUCAAAGAAGUGUCGGAGACAUCAACAGCAGUGUUGGUUCUCAAAGUUGUGUUAAUGACAUUAUUGUUGAUACUGGCAUCUGUAGUUCCAAUGAAUCAGUGCCUGAUACAUCCCAAGCCAAAGAGACACAUCAAGAACAUGUUGAAUCCAAGCCCAAAGCGAAGCAGCAACUAUCAUCUACUUGGAAGAACCUCUUUAAAGGUCCUCCACCUCCACCAAAGUGCAGAGGACACCAAGAGCCAUGCCUAUUACGGACAGUCAAGAAGGCUGGACCCAACCUAGGGAAGCAGUUCUUUGUGUGCAACAGACCCGAGGGCCAUAAGAACAACCCUGAGGCAAGAUGUAAUCACUUUGAAUGGGUUUCCAAAAGGUGAUCUUAAAUUAAGUCUUAUUUAAAUGCAAGUUAAUUUCUUUUCUCUCAGAAUGAAUCAUGUGGCUCUUGGGAGAUUUUGUUGAUGGGUUUAAGACAUAUAAUGAACCAGUUCAAAGAUAUUUUCUGUAUCACAUUUCAUGAUCAAAUUAAUUACACUGUGUCAAGUCAAACCAGCAUGCUGAAAUUUUGUUCAGUAUUUAAAUGCAAAACAGUGUUCAUUAUUAACAUCAGUACUUUAUUUCAAGGCCAAGAUCACCCCCAAUGUUGUGGGUGGAAAACACAUUUAAGCCUAUGCAAUGACAACCAUAGAAUGGUAAUUUUUAAGGAAAGUACAUCACAUUAUGAAGAAAGAACUAUAGAACUAUUCUUAUAUUCUCAGAGAUUUGUCUGGCUCAUGAAACAAAUAUUCUCAUCUCAGUCAAAGUUUUUGAGAGAGGUUUUAGGUAAUACCAUUAACCUAGAAUGAAUAAUUUGUGAAAAUCAUGAAUACCAAAGUGUGAUCGGUUUUCCAGAUUUCAAACCAUAUUUCAGUAGAGGAUGGUGAAAUACCUCCACAACGUGAAUUUUGUGGGAGUAGGUCAAAUAGGCACAGGAUAUGACCUCAUGAAUACAUAAUUAACCCCAUUGAAAUCAAUGUACAUGUAUUAUUGGCCUGGAACUAGGCAAAUAGAUGAUGUAUAGGUGUUCCCAUAAAAGAUAUGUUUAACCUGUUCUUGUCUCCUUUCUUGAACUGGUUUAAAACCACUGCACAAAACCAGUUAUGAAGAUCGCAUGUUACUAUCUAUUGCAAGCUCUGGUGAUGAAUAACAAGUUACUGAUCACCACUGGUGACUGUCAGAUAGCUGUGUUAAUCGCAAGUGAUGAUAAUAUCUGAAACCACCCUUAGUCAAAUCUGUUGUGACCUCAGAAAACAUAGGUACAGUAACGAACAUGGUUUUGCAUGAUAUUGUCUGAAGAAUCAAGAAUCCAUUUAACUUUGGUGAUUCAACUCAUGGAAAGUUGACUUAUAGCAGAUUUGUCAUUGUUCAGCCUACCCUGCACUCAUUUUCACUCUGCCAUUUGAAAUAUGCAUUUUUAUUUAGCAAAAAUUUAACAACACUUGCAAUAUUAUACAUAUUAUUCCAGCAGCAUCUAAUUUGUAGCAGCAUCAGUAUAUCACUGAAAAUAAUUGUCUUUUCAUUUGCAUUAAUCAUUUGUAUUCUUUAAUUUGCCAAAACAAUUUGAUAAUGUCUGUACUAUAUGUGUUCCAGGGUGUUUUCACAAUUCUAGUGUGAUUAUGAAGAGAUGAGAGAUGAAUAAUUAUUGAUUUAUUUUCAUAAUAGAAGAUGAAAUAGAUAAAUUCACUUCCAAUAAAUCAUAUUUUGAAAAGUACUGUGCAAUCAUCAUUUAGCACUGCUCUGGGAAAUAAAUUCCCUUUAUACUUGGAAUCAAAUUUAUACUCAGAAUGAAAUUAGAUCAUUGACUUUACCAUGAACAGUAACACAAUUUAUUUCGACCCUCGGAAGCAAUGUAGAUACAAGCAAUAAAUCAUUUAGGAAUUUCAUAUGAAAUUUGUAAGACAGUUUAUUGGAAAAGAAUGUGGAUUACAAAGAGUAUUUGUAAAUGCAAAACAUAUUGCAAAUUUUGUGGCAAAAAUGUAAGAAAAGGCUCCAAUCAUUUCUAUUGUUAGAAAUUGAAGAACAAGAUAUUAAAAGAGAUAGACUGGUUUAAGUGUACCAAUGAAUGUGAUUUUGUACAUAUAUUUUAUUCAAAUGUGAAGACUAGAAAUGCGAUGCUCUUGGAAAAUGGAAGUAUACCUUUAUAUAUAUAUAUCUCUAUAUAACCCUGUUUCGCUUUUUUUUUAUUUAACAAAAACAGUGAAUCAAUCUUUUCAGAUAAUAAUGCAUGGUUUCAUCAUAAUUAUUUGAUUUCCAUUCACCUCUUUUUCUGUGAAAUUUAUGCUUUGAAUCAAACAGUGGUUUUUAGCAUAUUUCUAAUCUUUAUAAAUUAUCCAGAGUAAUUCUACAAUUUGAGUUUUACCCAUUCUUGCUCUGUGCACUAAACCAGUCUUGUAUAAAUCAAAGAUUAUGUGAUGUAUAUAUAUUGUUUUACAGAAAGGAAUAAAGUAAUAUUCAUAAGUAA